UAGAAGUCCAUAAUUGUGGGGUGGACCUUGCUUACAGUUAAAUGAAAUGCAUUUAAUUAUUGAAACGUUUUCCAUAAAGUCUGGUGCCACUACCAUUCUUCUCCUCCUUCUGCUACCUCACACUCGAUCGAAUUGCCCAUGGCAAACGCUCUCGAACUGCCGGUGCCUGACACCUCCUCUGGUAACUAUCAUCAACCAUGCUUUGGAUCAGAGAAAGCAACAUGGGUAGCAUCUCCAUCCUAUGCAUUUUAUCAUUUCGGCACCAGCGGGGCGGCGGUUGCUGCUGCUUCCACCGUCACUCAUCCUUUAGAUCUUCUAAAGGUUAGGCUGCAAAUGCAAAUGGUUGGCCAAAGAGGCCCGCUGAUCGGCAUGAGACAACUUGGCAUAAACUUAGUGAAGAAUGAAGGACUGAGGGCCUUGUAUAUGGGAUUGACACCUGGGCUAGUGAGAUCACUUUUCUAUGGAGGUCUUCGUUUAGGCUUAUACGAACCAUCACUGCGUCUCUCUGAGAUGGCUUUUGGGUCCCCCAACAUCUUGACCAAGGUAGUGGUUGGAGCCUUCUCUGGUGCUCUUGCAACAGCAGUCACCAACCCGGUCGAGGUGUUGAAGGUGCGGAUGCAGAUGGGGAGAUUGACCACUAAAGGGCCGUUGCAGGAGCUGCGGAAGAUGGCUGCAGAAGAGGGGCUGACCGGCUUCUGGAAAGGGGCCGGGCCUGAAAUGACCAGAGCUGCUGUCUUCACCGCGUCACAGCUUGCUACAUAUGAUGAAACCAAGAGGCUCGUGAUGCGUUGGACUUCACUCGAGGAUGGAUUCUAUCUGCAUUUCAUUGCAAGCACCAUAGCUGGCGGGGCGAGCACCAUUGCAACUGCACCCAUCGAUGUGGUGAAGACCAGACUUAUGCUGCAGCGAGAGUCCAAAACUGUAGGAGCCUACAAAAAUGGCCUCCAUUGUGCUUACCAGCUUCUGCUAAAAGAAGGCCCUCGAGGUUUCUACAAAGGGGCGUUUGCAUUGUUCACGAGGGUUGGCCCCCAAACGACGAUCACCUUCAUGCUCUGCGAGCAGCUACGAGGACUCGUGGGACUGAAGGCGCUAUAAACCACGAAAAUCGCGUGUUUCUUCCCCCAACAUUCUUGGUGCAGAUUCAGCUGCGAGUGGUAGGAUAAACAUAGUUGAAGAAGUGAAGAUCAAUUCAUUUGAGGCUUUGAAAGAAAGCAUUUUUGUUGUGGACCAGAAAUGUGAUCUGCAGCGUUGGUACUAAUUAGUAAUUACCUGUCUUGAUAUAGGUCGAUUGUUUUGUCUAUAUCAUAUAUAUAAAUGCGUAUGAGUUUAUCAAUCUUUUUGAUUGUUUAGUUUUAAGAGUGUCGUUGUAUGUAUAUUGUAUCCAACAGUGAUUGAUUGUGAAAACAAUCAAUACAUAAAUGAGAAGGAUAUGAUCCAUGUGUAAUGGUCUAUUAAUCAUGAAAACUAUGGUGACGAGCUCGUUUUGGAA